UCUCUUUGAAUCUUCCCAGACACUUUUCUGGGCCAGUUUCGGUCUCAUCGACUUGGACAGUUUUGAACUGACAGGCAUUCAGAGUUAUACCCGAUUCUGGGGGUUGCUGAUGUUUGGUUCCUAUUGCGUUAUUAAUGUAGUGGUGCUGCUCAACCUGCUCAUAGCCAUGAUGAAUCACUCCUACCAGAUGAUAUCGGAACAAGCCGAUGUGGAAUGGAAGUUUGCUCGUUGCAAAUUAUGGAUGAGUUAUUUUGAAGAUGGUGCAACUGUUCCUCCUCCUCUCAAUAUCAUACCCACCCCUAAAAGCGCCUAUUAUCUUUUAAGAUGGUUUUUCAGAAAGUUCUCUUUAAACUCUAGAAAUGCAAGGAAAGAACACCUGAAAACUAUUCGGAGACGUGAAAAGCAAGCAUGCGAAAGAGAUUUUCAAUACCAAACUAUCAUGCGGAACUUGGUAAGGCGUUACGUGACGGAAGAGCAAAGGAAAGCGGAUAAUCAGGGAGUGACAGAAGAUGAUGUCAAUGAGAUAAAACAAGACAUAUCCUCUUUCCGAUACGAGCUCACUGAAAUCCUUAGGAGCAGUGGAUUCAAUACAUCAGCAUCCAAGGGACAAACACAAAGUGCUGGUGGGAAAAAAGGCCGACAAAAGGAACGUCGUCUUAUGAAGGGAUUCGACAUCGGUUUAGUUGAAAGUUCUAUCCAGACAACACCUGAAGUAAGUGUAGACGAAACUGGAACAGGACGAUCCCCUCCUGGUCCCAAGCUAGCUAGAAUAGCUAAACUUGCCACACGAAAAGCAAAGCGGGGUAAAUGGAGCCAUCUAGUAGAGGCCACAAAACACGCUAGGGCUGCAUUCUCUCGAAGUCGUAGCGAUGAGUCUCUCAGCAGUCAAGGCAGUUCGGAACACCCCAGUCGUAUGGAAUGUUCAAGCCGCAAUGGCUCGAGCAGUAGUAGUGGCGGUGGCCCUGAUAAUAUAGCAGAACCCCGACCAGCUAAAAGUCUUGUUGACCUUCCUGUUAUCAAACGUUCUAUUUUCGCAAGAAAAUUCGCCAUUAGCACAUCAAAACUGAGACUUGCUUUUAUGGACUCAGAUAAGUCUUCGUCUCUUGAAAGUCAUCCUGGUGGAUGUUCUAAGAAUAAAGUAGGUGAUAGCAGCGCAGAUAGGGGUCAAGCUCAAAGGACCGUGAGUGCACCUUUCAGCCAAUGGCUGGGAGCAAAAAGCACAUCCAUGGAUCAUUUAGGCAAAGGUAUCUCGUCUGCUGUCAGUCACCAUCACCAUCAUCAUCAUCAUCAAAGUUUGUCUCCCGCCAGGAGUUUGUCUCCAAUACCUAGUUGUGCAAGUUCUAAUGUGCCUACUCCAAGAAGUUCCAUCACAGGACAACAUGAUGCGUGUUCUACCAUGGAUGUAAAUUCACAAAAAGGAUCCAUACCCGGAAGUCCGGCUACUGGAGCUGAUUUACAAGAACAGCAUCAACAAACUACAAAUUCAUCAUCGUCCAAGGUUUUUGUGCCAGGAAGUUUCGGAAUAGAAACUGUAAAUUAUCCACCAACCGCUGGCUGGAUAUGAACGGCGUUACGAAGUCCAUGACAAUUGGUGCUUUGACUCUCUUAACAUGUUAAAGUAAUGCGAACUUGGUUCACGCAUACAAAUGACAGGGUGCUCAUCUAAAACAGAUCACCCUAAUUAAGUUUCCUAGUCUAAAAUAUUAAGCAACACUACGCUAUAUUUUGACAGAAAAAAGAAAUAUAUAUAUAUACAUAUACAUAACAUUAUUGCGCAGCUAUGCUAUUUUAAAUUCAAUAAGCAUUUUAAUAUUAGUUCUUCAUAGUUUUAAAAGGCGUAAUUUUCUAUUAUAUUUCAGAUUUAUCAAACAAAUACCAAAUUUGAAUUAAAGGUAACUUCUGAUGUUGUAUUAUUUAUUUACUUUUUAGAAUUUCAAUCUUCACACCAUUUAUCUGCUUUUGAUUUGGUAAUCAUAAAUUUGUUGGGGUUUUUUAAAAUUAUGCAAAUAUAUUGCUAA